AUGGCUCAAGUCGCCAGUCCUCCUCUCCCGCCCACUCCUCCACCACCGAUUUACUCUCCACCCCUUCGGGCGAACAGUCCCCAGGUAAUGGAGCCUCUGGAAGAGAAGGGCAUUGUACAGCAACCUCCUGCUUAUCAGCAAGAAAAUCAAGAGCCCAAAAACAUGAGCAACCCUACCAUAUCCAUGUCGCCCGCCGACGGCGGAUCUGGAGAAGAGGCCCUUGAAGUCACUGAAGUUCAGAUCAGCCCACCCGAACCCGCGCUGCCGAAACCGAGUGAUGCCGCUGCGCCGGAGGGGACGUUAACUCCAGAGCCGUCGCUUCGACAGGAUCCCGCCAGACUGUCGCCAGGCCCUCAGACAAUACGACGACAACUAGGCGAGCCCCAAACUGACAUCAAUCAUCGGAGAGUGUCCUCGGAGAAUCUCAACCCUCAAGGAGGGCCUGAACUGACACCGUUCCAAAAGAGAUCUGUGCGCCAUGUUUCUACUUCUGCUGUUGAUAUGGACCCCCCUGCGGAGUCCUUCGAGCCGCUGCGGUACCAUCACCAGUCUCUUGAAGACCCUGAGAUGAGAACAUUAAACAGACGAGCUUCUCGGCUCACCGUUGCUACCGACAUGUCCGGCCCCGCAGACAGCUCGCGGAAUAGUACGUACGGUCUAAACCUGCGGAGACCUGACUCUGCGUUUUCAAGCACAUCUGAGUUCCGUGGUCGAACAUACUCUCCAAGUUUGUCUCCUGCCCGGCCAGUGUCAAGGGGAUCCAGGUCGCCUGACACCCGACCGUUAUCAUACGUCGAUCUCUUGAACGUUCCAUACCCUCAACCGCCGCCGAGUGGCGCCGAGAAUCUCGUCAACUCAGGACUUCGUUCGGUGGUUGGUAACAAUGCCAACCUACUCUCUACCCGCAAGACUUUGGAAAUGUAUCGUGCCAAUGUCAAGAAGACCAAUGAUCCGGCCGUGCAGUAUGAAUUCGCCAUCUUCAUGAUUAGUGCCGCUCAGGAGGAAGGAUUGGAGCAGGAAGGCGAUGCUGCCUCUGCCGUGUCUGGAAAAUCACAUGCCUCGGUUCGAGACGACCUGCUGAAGGAGGCGAAGCAUAUCCUGCAAAGACUGGCCGACCGCUCAUAUCCAUUUGCUCAGUAUUAUCUGGCAGACGGCUAUGCGUCUGGGCUGUUUAAUAAAGGCAAAGAAGACUGGGAUCGAGCCUUUCCCCUUUUCCUUGCCGCGUCUAAACAUGGUCACGCCGAGGCCAUGUACCGAACCGCCCUGUGCUACGAGUUUGGCUGGGGUUGCCGGAUAGAUGCAGCCAAGGCUGUCCAAUUCUACCAGCAUGCAGCCAGCAAAAACCAUCCAGGUGCCAUGCUUCGACUUGGCCGAGCCUGUUUGACAGGUGAUAUGGGAUUGACAAAGCGGUACCGGGAAGGUGUGAGAUGGCUGAAGCGAGCCGCUGAAGCAGCCGAUUUCCAGUACAACCAAGCACCUUAUGACCUAGGUUGUCUUCACGAGACAGGCUACGGGCCAGACGUCUUUAAAGACGAGGCUUAUGCUGCACAACUCUACACCAAGGCUGCUGACCUUGGACAUGUCGACGCGAACUUUCGACUCGGUCGGGCAUAUGAGUUUGGUGAAUUGAACUGUCCCAAGGACCCGGCUCUGAGCAUUCACUUCUACACCGGGGCUGCAGAGCGUGGACAUCCUGAGUCCCAACUAGCCCUUUGUGCCUGGUACAUGGUUGGCGUUCCCGGCGUGUUGGAAAAGGAUGAGGCCGAAGCGUACGAAUGGGCUAAAAAGGCGGCCGAACAGGGUCUGGCGAAGGCACAGUACACUGUUGGAUACUUCACGGAGAUGGGCAUAGGGUGCCGUCGUGAUCCGCUCGAGGCCAACGUCUGGUACGUUCGGGCUGCGGAUCAGGGUGAAGAACGUGCCAAACAUCGCAUUGCUGCCAUCCGAGCGGCCGGUGCUGGCGCCGACCCGGUCACUGCGGCGACAGCAAAGAAAGGUCUACUGACCAGCAGCAAAAGUUCGGGAAAUAAAGGACCUCAGGAAGGCGAAAAGAAGAAGAAAUUCGGAAUCUUCUAG